AUGGCUACCGGAUUCUCCCCCACGCCUCGAAAGGAGGGCACUUGGACAAAGUUGGUGAUAUUCGUUUCGCUAUAUUGCUUGAUCCUUGAGUCUAUAGUUGGACUAGUCCUUGUCUUCUAUCUCUACGGUAACCACUGGGUUGAUUCGAAGAUGACUCUGAGUUUAAUUCUAUGCAUGGUCUCCUCAUUUCUUACUAUCCCGCUGGUCUCUCUCCAGAGUUUGGUCGCCUGGCAAUAUAAUAAAAUUGGAGGAUUUGGGGAACAGAAAACAGUCCUCCAUAAUAUCUGCACAUACUUCUUCCGACUGGAUCUCAUGCUAUGGCUUGGUACGAGUGUCACUGGUUUGAUUGUGGCCGCUCAGCAAGUUUCAUGUCUGCCGGCUGGAACCGAUGCUAGCUACUGGAAAGUCGGCACCAGUUGCAUUUUUCACCGAUCAUCGGUCAUUGUAUCCGUGGUUUCAUUGAUUACGGUCUGCACCAUGUACUGCGCACGAGAGCUUUGCGAUCGCCCAUACGAUGUGUCUAUCAUCGGGAUCUAUAAGCGCUCCCAAGCUCUUCGUAACGGCAGCGUUUUCUCAGGUCAUAGCUGGGAUAGUGACGAAACUCUGAAGAACGAGAUCUUGAAUCUUUGCCGCCAACACGAUGGAAAAGCCGGCGAGGAACCGUGGUUCUUUGACCCCUUGGCCGAUAAAGUGAACUGCCACCCCAGUAUCCGUCACCCUGCGCCCGUUCGUCUGCGUCCUCAGCUUCGAGUUAAUACGAAUCCCGGCUCUGAAUACGGAGAGAUUGCCUCGGGAACGACAGUGUCGCCAGAUGGCUCCCUGUCUCGCCUCUCACCUGGUGGCCAGACAGUCGUGAGCGACAUUUGUCCGAUAUCGCGUACUUCAACGGUCAUGACAUCGCAAACCGCCUGCGAACCACGAACACUGAUGUCCGAUUUUCCCAUUCCAAAGGUCCCGGCAAUUCCAACACAGUAUACGACAAAUCACAAGAGGGGAAAGUCGUCGCUAUCCUCUUUCAGACGAUUCCUUCCAAAGUCAUUUCCACUCUCCUUGCCACUAUCAUCGGAUCCCCAGAUCCUAGCCCUUUCCGACCCCAAUGCAGCAUCAGACGUCGAGAAGCAAGUCGUGUCGCCAUCUCCUUCUAGCAAGAACAUCGCUGCGAUAGCCGCAGAUGCUCCAGCCAGCAAGCCCCAAGGAUCGACCAUCUCUAGCACGACUCAAACGUCUCCCACUUCAGCGAAGCCGAUAGGUACUAAAAUGGAAGGUCGCGCUCGUACAAUGACCAUGAACUCCGCCGAUGCACCAGAGGUCGUCAUGCCCGCAGAGCCUGCCAGAGUCCGCCGAUCGCAGACAGCAUCCCUAGCUCAACCAACAAUGUCUAUCCACCACCCACACCACCCUCACUAUGUCCCUAGACCGGCAAUGCCUCCCCUUCCACGAAAAUAUUCUUCGUCCUGUCGCCAGAACUCCGCCGUUCUCCCAGUACACGUUGAGCCGCAACGCCGAAAAACGUCCCGUCAAACCCACGCAGUGCCAUACCCAAUCCGCAGCAGCUCCCAUUCAUUUGAUAAGCAUCACAUGCCUCGACACACCCAGACCCAGCGCCAUGCCAAUUGGUACCCACAACCUCCACGCUGGCCCAACCAACAAGUCUACGACCCUAGCCGCUCAGUGCCUAACCUGCCGCGUCGCAGCGACGUUGAGAUUAUCUAUCCGAGUACCCGUCGGCCGCGUAGCAAUACGCACGGUGGUCCUCUAAGCUGCAUCAUGGAGUCUGGCUCGGUUCCACAGGUGUCUAUUGAUGACAGCAAGGUCGGUGCUGCGGCUUCGGAGGCGAAGCGCAAUCAGAUUGACCAAACGACUUAUCGUGGUGCGAAUCGAACCAGUCUGGGAUUUUACUAG